GUAAUUGAAAAUUGAAAUUGAAUAAAUUAUUCCUUUUCAUGUUCCCCUACAAAAAGAGAACCUUUUCUUUCCGUUCAAAUAAAAGAGGUCUCAAAGUCGUCGUUGAGAAAUUUCUCAUCACAGCUAUAUCAUUUCUCACCUUUGGACACUCCAAGAUCCAUGGCGGCGGAGACCGCAGCAUUCUCGGCGUUCUUCGCUCUCCUGAUCACCAUGGUGGCAUCUCAAACUCCUCCGACUGCUUAUACUAAUCACACCGUUGGUGGCCCCGCAGGUUGGUUCUUCAAUGCCACCAAUAACAUUUCCACUACCAAUUACUCCUCUUGGGCUGCAUCUCAGACUUUCAACCUCGGCGACUUCCUCAUCUUCAGAACGAAUUCGAAUCAGACCGUGAUCCAGACCUACAACUUGACGACAUUCAAUAGCUGUUCCUUCGAUGACGCCUCCGACAACGACACGGUUCAAUACUACGGCGGCGAUUCAAACUUCAACAAGCCAUUGGUGAUUCCAGUGCCGCUGACCAUCAAAGGCCCGAACUAUUUCUUCUCCGACGCCGAUGAUGGAGUUCAAUGCCAACGAGGUAUGGCCUUCGAGAUCCAGGUGAAUACCGGCCUCGGUUUGCCGCCGAGCCUGAAUCAGCCGCCUCCACCUCCAUACGCGACGCCGCCGGAUUCGGAAUCGAGUCAAACACCUCCGUUUACGAUUCCUGAGACGAAGAAGAACGGGGGCUUCAAAAGCGUCGCCAACUUACGCCGAGAUUUGUUCUUCUUCUUCUUCUUCAUGGCGAUGAUGCCGUUGCUGCCGUCUUUUAGAUGAAGGAGGUCAGAUUCGAUAACAUCUCUAAGUCCUUUGUAUGGCAGUUUUGUAAUUUUAAUGGUGUUUGGUAGAGAUUGAUUUUUGGACAUUGUUUGGUUUAUGUUAUACCUCUACUUCAUUCAUUAAUAUCAUCUACACAUUGCUAGUUA